CCACUAGCUUCUGUGUAAUCCAUGUUGUCGGAACUCCCAAUUAACAUGAAUCUCUCCAUGUACUAUUACCUCUUCUUCCCUUUGUUCAUCUCCAUCCUCUUCCUCUUCAGAUUGCUCUUUUCACUUCCCAGAGUUAUUAGGAAAAACUUACCCCCAUCCCCACCAAAGCUUCCACUCUUGGGAAACAUCCUCCACCUUGGCUCCCUCCCUCACCGCUCCCUCCAACAACUAUCCACCCACUAUGGUCCCCUCAUGCUCCUUCACUUUGGCUCCGUGCCGGUCCUCGUCGCCUCCUCGCCCGACGCGGCCAGAGCGAUCAUGAAGGACCACGACUUGGCCUUCUCGGACCGCCCCGCCAACAGCAUGGCCAGCCGGCUCCUCUACGGCUACAAAGACGUCGCCUUUGCCCCCUACGGCGAGUACUGGCGACAAGUGCGAAGCAUUUGUGUGCUCCAUCUCCUUAGCAACACGAGGGUGCAGUCGUUUCGCAGCAUAAGAGAAGAGGAAACGAGAUUGAUGGUGGCAAAGAUCAGACAAUUAUCAGCGCGUGGUUCUUUGAUAAAUUUGAGUGAUGUUUUCAUUGAGUUGACGAAUGAUAUAGUUUGUAGAGUGGCUUUGGGGAGGAAGUAUAGUAAGGAGGGGGGAAAUGGGGAAAAGGAUUUCAAGUUGUUGCUAGGGGAGUUUCUUGAAUUGUUGGGGACAUUUGAUGUAGGGGAGUAUAUCCCAUGGCUUGCAUGGGUGAAUAGAGUCAAUGGGAUUGAUAGAAGGGUGGAGAAAGCUGCUAAAGAAUUGGAUGAGUUCAUUGAUGGUGUGGUGGAAGAGCACGUAGGUUUGAAGAAAGAAGAGGGGGAUGGUUUUGACUUUGUCGACAUUUUGCUUGAUAUUCAGAGAGAAAACCAGAUUGGCUUUCCCAUUCACAGAGAUUCUGUCAAAGCUCUCGUCUUGGAUAUGUUUUCAGCUGGAACUCACACAGUGUACACACUUCUUGAGUGGACAAUGGCAGAACUGAUAAAAAAUCCCCAAGUAAUGAAGAAAUUAUCAAGUGAGGUAAGAACAUUCAAAACAAGUGAUGAUUUAGAAAUCAUGCCGUACUUGAAAGCAGUCAUCAAGGAAACCCUACGUCUUCACCCUCCUGUACCAUUGCUAGUCCCUCGAAAGGCAAUCCAGGACGUGAAAGUGAUGGACUUCCAUGUGGAAACCGGCACCCAAGUGAUUGUCAAUAGCUGGGCAAUUGGGAGAGAUCCAAUCGUAUGGGAAAAUUCUGAAGAGUUUAAGCCAGAGAGAUUUUUGGAUUCUAAUGUAGAUUAUAAGGGAAUGCAUUUUGAAUUGAUUCCAUUUGGAGCGGGCCGAAGGGGUUGCCCCGGUGUGGCUUUUACUGCUAAUUUAGUUGAGCUUGCACUAGCUACACUCGUGUGCGAGUUUGAUUUUGCAUCGACAGGAGAAGAUUUGGAUAUGAGUGAAGCAACUGGUUUUACAGCUAACAAGAAAAUUCCUCUUACUGUAUUUGCUACUACGAGGGUUGACUAGAAUAUGCAUUGCAUGGACAUAUGUAUUUGCCCUAGAAUAAUGCUAUUUGGAAAUUUUAAUUUUCCGCACUUUGCUUUUAUCCACGCCUUCAAAUGCCAAGUAUAUAUUAAAUACUCCGUAUUAUAAUGGUUUGAUGUGAA